GCAGGCUUCAUGCAGGGAGCCUGACGCGGGACUUGAUCCUGGGUCUCCAGGAUCAGGCCCUGGUCUGAAGGUGACACGAAACCGCUGAGCCACCUGGGCUGCCCUAAAAAUAUAUUUCAAGAGUAUAUAUUGCCAUAUAAAAUUGUGAAGUAAAUCUCUGGCCUUUGUGAACUCUGCUUCUCCAGGCAAGUAAACCCCAAGGAGGACUGACCAGUUCUUGAAUUUCUAAACCAUGGCACACACAUGUUUGGAUGACCAAGAUACGCCAGAGUAUUCAAGAGGCUGCACCUGUAGCAACAGGAUUCUUCAAGAGCACAUAGGGAUCAGUGAUGUUCAAUGAUGUGUCCAUAGUCUUCUCCCAGGAGGAGUGGGAAUACCUGGACUUGGAACAGAAGGACUUGUACAGAGAUGUAAUGUUGGAGAAUUAUAGCAACCUGGUCUCACUGGGAUGCUUCAUUUCUAAGCCAGAUGUGAUUUCCUUAUUGGAACAAGGGAAAGAGCCCUGGAAGGUUGUGAGGAAAGGAAGGAGACGAUAUCUAGAUUUAGAGAACAGAUAUGAGACCAAGAAGUUAUCUUCAGAGAAUGACGUUUAUGAAAUAAACUUACCCCAAUGGAAGAUAAUGGAAAGGAUUAAAAACCAUGGCCUUAAGGGCCUAAUUUUAAAAAGUGAUUGGGAGCCCAAAAGAAAAUUUGAAGGGCAGGAGGGAUAUUUCAGUCAAAUGAAAAUUGCAUCUCAAAAAGUGUCUUCUUACCAAACACACACAUCUCCGACUCCACAUCAGAGAAUUCAUUUUGUGGAGAAACCCUAUGAAUGUAAAGAAUGUGGGAAAUCCUUUAGAGUACGCCAACAGCUUACUUUUCAUCAUAGAAUUCAUACUGGUGAAAAACCCUAUGAAUGUAAGGAAUGUGGAAUGGCCUUUAGACAGACUGCACACCUUACUCGACAUCAGAGACUUCAUUCUGGUGAAAAACUCUAUGAAUGUAAGGAAUGUGGAGAAUCUUUCAUAUGUGGCCCAGACCUCAGAGUACAUCAGAAAAUUCAUAUUGGUGAGAAGCCCUAUGAAUGUAAAGAAUGUGGGAAGGCCUUCAGAGUACGCGGACAACUUACUCUUCAUCAGAGAAUUCAUACUGGUGAGAAACCCUAUGUAUGUACAGAAUGUGGAAAGGCCUUUAGACAGUAUGCACACCUUACUCGACAUCAGAAGCUUAAUAUUGCCGACAAGCUCUAUGAAUGUAAAGAAUGUGGGAAGGCCUUUUUGUGUGGCUCUGGCCUUAGAGUACAUCACAAACUUCAUACUGGUGAGAAGCCCUAUGAAUGUAAGGAAUGUGGGAAAGCCUUUAGAGUGAGACAACAAUUAACACUCCACCAGAGAAUUCAUACUGGAGAGAAACCCUAUGAAUGUAAGGAAUGUGGAAAGACCUUUAGUCGUGGUUAUCAUCUUAUUCUUCAUCACAGAAUUCAUACUGGUGAGAAACCUUACGAAUGUAAGGAAUGUUGGAAGGCCUUUAGUCGUUACUCACAACUAAUUUCACACCAAAGUAUUCAUAUUGGAGUUAAACCCUAUGACUGCAAGGAAUGUGGGAAGGCUUUUAGAUUACUCUCCCAACUUACACAACAUCAGAGUAUUCAUAUUGGUGAGAAACCCUAUAAAUGUAAGGAAUGUGGGAAGGCCUUUAGAUUGCGCCAAAAACUUACUCUACAUCAGAGUAUUCAUACUGGUGAAAAACCUUUUGAAUGUAAGGAAUGUAGGAAGGCUUUUAGACUUAAUUCAUCCCUUAUUCAACAUCUGAGGAUUCAUUCUGGUGAGAAACCCUAUGAAUGUAAGGAAUGUAAGAAAGCCUUUAGGCAACAUUCACACCUUACCCAUCAUCUAAAAAUUCAUAAUGUAAAAAUAUAGUUUUUCAAUCCUGUGUUGUAGAACAGUCUAUGGAUAUAGUAAUUAAUCCCUAUUGCUUCCUUUAUAUAAGCAACUGACUUGGCAUGAGAGGUUUUAUAUCAUUAAAAGAAUGUUAAUGCAUUCCACAUCACUUAAACCUGAUAAACUUCACAUUUAUUCUAAAAACUAAUCCUAUCAAUGUAAAAAAUGUGGAAGACACUUAUCAUCUCUGUCCUGUCACUUUCCCACUUGAAUUAUGUUGACAAGAUGCUUUACUGCUAUGUGCUAUAAUUUUUUAAUUUGUAAAAUGGUAAUAUAAUACUGUGGCAGAAUAAAGAUUGCUGUAAAUUCUUUGACAUUUCUCCCCCACCAUCAAGAGCUGGAAUCUGCAUCCCUUGCCCUUGAGACUGAGCAGACUGUGACCACUUUGAUUAGUAGAAGUAUUGCUGUGCCAGUUUCAGGACCCAGGCUUUACUGGUAGAUUUUACUUCAUCUCUUGGGAUGCUCUCUUAAGCUUAGGCCCUGAAUUAUGUUAAAAAGUCUGGCUGCUGUGCUGGGGAGACCACAUGGAGAAGCCCUAAGACUACAAAGAAAGGAAGUGCACCCUUCUGAGCCCAGACUCCACACAUGCCUACCAAGACACCAGACAUUUGAGUGAAGUAGUGUUGAAUCCUCCAGACUAGCCAGCAGCUGAAUGCCAUUGAAUGACUUGAGUUGAUACCAUAUAAAACAGAUGAAUCUACCAACUGAGCCCCUGCCCAAAUUCCUGACCCAUAUGAUCAUGUAUAACAAAACAAUUGUUGUUUUAAGCCACUAAAUUUUGUUUUCUUAUUAUCAUUAAUAUUACUCCUUUGAAAACUCAUAUGUAAGACUAUGAGUCCAAUGAAUAUAGAAAUGCCUUCCACCAACAUUCAUCCUUAUUGAACUUUAGGUAACUUACUCUUUUUAAAAUAGUGGAAGUAAAAAAAAAAAAAAAAUAGUGGAAGUAAAUUCUUUUUCAAUUUGUUCAUUGAAAAACAGGUAUUCUA